AAACUGAGAUAAUUACAUGAUUUGAUGAUAAUGAGUCGUACCGGUGCCGAAAUGAGGGCAAGUGAAACUCAAUCUAAAUUCAUACAAGAUCGUGUGUCCCUGGUGGAGAAGCAUUUUGGACAGCUAUGUGACACGAUGUCUUCUAUAACGAGAAAAACAGCACGACUUAGAGAUAAAGGAGAUCAGUUAGCUAAAGAUAUCACAACCUACUCUGAGGCAGAUUCUCACAACCCAUCAAUGCUAAGAUGUCUCACAGAAUUUGCAACAAAUCUAUCAGCUAUACAGGAUUAUAGACAAGCAGAGGUUACAAGACUUGAUGCCAAAGUUGUACAACCUUUAAGUAAUUAUGGACUUAAGUGCAAACAGGCAAAAAAUGACCUCAAAUCAGCAUACACCGCACAGGAUAAAGAAGUUAAACAAAAGAAGAAGCUUGACAUGCUUCGACAGAAAAAUCCUGGUGAUCGUUCUCAGAUCUCGCAGGCGGAAACUGAGCUGCAGAAGGCCAGUGUAGAGGCCUCACGCACAUCAAAAAAUCUUCAGCAGCAGGUUGACAAAUUUGAGUUGGAAAAACUCAAGGAUAUUAAGAAAAUGUUAAGUGACUAUGUGAACAUAGAGAUGAUGUUCCAUGCCAAAGCAUUGGAGAUUUACACCCAGUGUUACCAAAACAUCUCCUCUGUUGAUGUGGAGGAAGACAUGGAUGAAUUUCGCUCAAAGCUCACCCCUCCUAACACUGCAGCGAGGAUGAAUAUGGUCAGAUCUUCUUCGUAUUCCUCUCUCAACUCCAACACAAACUCAAAACAGACAACGCCCAUCAAGAUGAACAGACAACAGUCAGCGCCUGCAAGUUCUCAUUCCACGCCAACUAAACCUCCCACAGGAUCACAGUCCCGAACACGAAUACCAGUAAUGGGUCUUGAUGAUGAUGAUGAUGAUGAUGACGAUGACGACGACGAUGAAGAGGAUGAUGAAGACGACGAAGAUGAAACAGAUGAUGAAGAUGAAACAGAAUCAGAAUUAUCAACAGCAAGAUCUCAACAAAAGCAGAUAUCACAGCCAAGACGUGUGUUGCCACGGUAGGACAUUGGGAUACUGUUGUGACUGUUAGACUGCAGAUCUGUGAUAUACCAUCCGUCCACAACUAGAGGAGGCUAAUCCUUAGCUCUCAAUGCACUUCACAAUGUUGACCUGAAGAUAAGCCAUUGUACUGAAUGCCAGUAAAGCGCUUCUUUGCAUUUGCUAUUUCUUCCAUGGUGCAAUCAAUUAUGAUUACAUUAAGAUAUGUUACAAUUGCUAAGAAUGUUUUUGUUUUGCCUGCGAAGUACCAUAGUGUUACCAGUAUUAUAUUAGGGAGGAGUCAUCUACAUUGUAUUGAAAUUUUUUAACUUCAUGUAAAAAAGAUUAGUCCAAUCUUCACAUAUAGUUAGAUCCAUUGAUAGUGGACACUUCAACAUAGCUACAGCAGCAUGAUAUCCAGAUUGUUUUGGUCCAGGUAUAUUAUGAGUUUUAAAAUUCCUGUCUUAAGAGGCUUAAGUUUCUUCAAACGUACAAGUGUUCUAAACGACCUUGGAGUAUUUUAAGGGUACAAACUCAAAUAUGGCUUGUCCACUUCACUUAUCAUCUAGCAAGUGCUGUAACAUG